AAAAAAAAAAAAGAAGGACCCCAAGGCUUCGGUCGUCCGGGAAAAUGUUAAACGCCUCGUUAAGACCAGGAUUCAAAAUUCGUCAAGAAUCUCAACGGGGUGUUUAGAUUUUCGUCAUUUCUUAUUUUCUUAGGCUAGGGAUUUUAGAUUUAGAGAUUAGAGUUUCAUCAAUUAGAUUAGGGUAAGAGUUAGCAUCAUUUGAUCGGAUAAAUCUAUCGAGAUCUUCUUUGCUGUUGGAUUUCAAUGGCUGGUUUGAUUAAUAAGCUGAGGAGUUUGGAUGCUUACCCGAAAAUCAAUGAAGAUUUCUACCGUCGGACGAUCUCCGGUGGGGUUAUCACUCUCGUCUCCUCCGUUGUCAUGCUAUUGCUCUUCUUCUCCGAGCUCCGAUUAUAUCUUCAUCCUGUGACUGAAACAAAGCUCGUGGUCGACACUUCAAGAGGAGAAACUCUACGUAUCAAUUUUGACAUCACAUUUCCAGCCCUUGCAUGUUCAAUCCUAAGUCUUGAUGCCAUGGACAUAAGUGGAGAAGAGCACCUUGAUGUGAAACAUGAUAUCUUUAAAAAAAGAUUGGAUUCACAUGGGAAUGUAAUAGAAGCGAGGCAAGAUGGUAUUGGCGCUCCUAAGAUUGAAAAACCUUUACAAAAGCAUGGUGGCAGGCUUGAGCACAAUGAAACAUAUUGUGGUUCAUGUUUUGGUGCAGAAUCGGGAGAUGAUGAUUGUUGUAAUUCCUGUGAGGAAGUUCGUGAAGCAUAUCGAAAGAAAGGUUGGGCAUUGUCAAAUCCUGACUUGAUUGACCAGUGCAAAAGGGAGGGUUUUCUUCAGAAAAUCAAGGAUGAAGAAGGUGAAGGAUGCAAUAUAUUUGGAUUCUUAGAAGUUAAUAAGGUUGCAGGAAAUUUCCAUUUUGCUCCUGGGAAAAGCUUUCACCAAUCAAAUGUUCAUGUGCACGACCUGCUGGCUUUUCAAAAGGACAGUUUUAAUGUAAGCCACAAGAUCAACAAAUUAGCUUUUGGAGAUUACUUCCCCGGUAUCGUGAAUCCUCUGGAUGGAGUCCAAUGGAACCAAGAAUCACCAAGUGGAAUGUAUCAAUACUUUUUAAAGGUGGUACCUACUGUGUACACAGAUGUCCGAGGGCACACUAUCCAGUCAAAUCAGUUUUCUGUAACAGAGCACUUCAGGAAUGCAGAAAUAGGUCAUCUGCAGUCCCUCCCAGGAGUCUUUUUCUUCUACGAUCUUUCUCCAAUCAAGGUGACUGUCACAGAGGAUCACAUCUCAUUCAUGCACUUCCUAACAAGUGUCUGUGCCAUAGUUGGAGGAGUUUUCACCGUAUCAGGAAUAUUGGAUGCUUUUAUAUACCAUGGUCAAAAGGCAAUCAAGAAGAAGAUUGAACUUGGUAAAUUUAGUUGAUAAUGAUCCAGCCAGUACUUGUUGGUGAUGCUUGUUCUUCAGUUAAGUGUUGCUUUGGGAAUUCAAAUCAAGUAGAAGCACCAUGGCAUGACUCUUAUCUGUUGGGCUGUGAGCUUAUAAUCACUGUUGAGGGAUUUUGUGGACAUAUUGUUCUAUCUUCUGUGGUUUGCCUCAAGACUCUGAUUUCAUGGUAAACUUUGUGCCUGAAACCUGCCUUCUUAAACAUUGCCAGAAAAUCAAAUUGAAAUCCACCAUCUGUAAUGGUAGCGUUUGACCUCAAUACAAGUUUGGAGAGACAAAGGGUAGCAAUUCACAUUUUGUUGACAAAAGCAAAGAAACUUUGUUUUCUGUUGCAAUGAAAAUUUGUUUCUGAGUGAUAAGGAUAGAAUGUUGGCUUGAUUUGUCUCAAGAUAUUUUUCUCUAUGAAUUUUCAUCUUGAUCUAAUGAAAUUUUGUUUUUACC